GAUUUGCGGUUAGCGAUAAGCCGAUAACGAACUCCGGCAAGCUAGGGCACAUCGUCGACGUCGAUCUCCUCUCCUCCGUCCCCACCAAUGGCGCUGCCGGUGCCGGACGACGCCUUCGCCGAGAUCCUCGGCCGCCUGCCGCCCAAGAGCCUCGCCGUCGCGAGGUGCGUCUGCAAGCCAUGGCGCGAGCUCGUCGACAGCCGCGGGCUGCUGCUCCGGCGCCUCCUGCCGCGCUCGGUGGACGGCGUCCUCUUCAACUACGUCGGCCACCGCCGCCCGCACCUCCUCUCCCUCCGCCGCCCCUCCUCCUCGUCGUCGUCUUCGGUGCCGGCGUCGUGCGGCGGCGGCAGGGUCGACGGCGACCUCACCGCCUCCGUGCCCGCCGGCGACCGCGCAUGGUGGGCCGUCGUGGACCACCGCGACGGCCUCCUCCUCUGCGACGUCUACUGGGGCAGCCGCCUCUUCGUCUGCAACCCGGCGACGCGGCGGUGGGCGACGCUGCCGCAGCCGCCGCCGGAGCGCGAGCCCGCCGCCGCGUGCGCCGGCGGCAAGUACCUCGCGUUCGAUCCGGCCGUGUCGCCGCACUACGAGGUGCUCUUGAUCCCCGCCUUGCCGGAGAAGGCGGCGGAGGAUGCCGUCGACGGCGAUGAGGCCGCCGCCGCCUAUCUGUCGAUGGAGUGGCCGCCGUCGCCGUACAAGGUGGAGGUGUUCUCGUCGGAGACGGGGCGGUGGGAGGAGAGGGUGUUCGUCCGGGAAGAAGAAGGCGAGGCGGCGGCGGCGACGACGGUGGAGGACAUGAAAUCAUGGGAGUAUGUUUUCGCGCGGCCACGUCAAGGGUACAGCGUGUUCUGGAAAGGAGCACUGUACGUGCAUUCUGGAGGUCAUUUUGUUACAAGGUUUUCAAUGUCAAGUGACAAGUACCAAAUAAUUAAAACUCCAAUAAUCAUUCGGAACAACAUGUUUGUCAGACCACAUUUAGGCAAAUCUAAGAUGGGUGUGUCAUUUGGAUUUAUUGAUGAUUAUCAACUCUCAGUCUGGAUCCUCAAAGAAUCAGCUGGACAAAUUAAGUGGGUCUUAAGUUACCAACAUGACCUUUGGGCAGCGAUCAAUCAAAUAGAUUCGUUUGAUUUUGGUGGUCACCAGAUUAAUGGGCCUUGGGUCUUAGAAGAGACCAUCCCAAAAUACAGAACAAUUGAAAACAAGGAGACUCUCUCAGACAAAGAGUGGGAUUCCGACAAUGAUGAUUUUCUUGAUACUGAAGUUGAUGAUUUUCUAAUUGAUACUGAAGUUGAUGAUGAGGGACAUAACGAUUUUGCAUACUUUCGUAUCCUUGGAUUUCAUCCUUACAAGGAAGUCAUUUUCUUAGAAGAAACAUUACGAACAUUUGCCUAUCAUUUGAAUAGCUCAAAGAUUCAAUACUUGGGCUACUCAUGCCCUAAAUAUUGCUACGGAAGAUACACAAUACAUGAGUCGUUCGUGUACACUCCCGGCAUGAUUGGAGAGCUUAAUGGACACUAUGCUGCAGGGCAGAGCUCACCUCAAUGAAUAGCACCGUAUGUGUACAACUCAGGCAAUUGAGGAAGAUAUCAUGAGAGAGAGAUAAUUAAUCAGGUCUGAACACACUGGGUUGUUCUUUGGUUUCAUGGAAUUCCCUAUCGUCGAACCUUAGUAGUCUGUCCUUUGUUUCUGCUAUUUUUCUACAUAGUUCUAUCUCUACCGCCCAGUGUGCCUUUAUUUUAAUUUCAGUCAAUCUGAUCAUACAUUUUCAGCUAAAAUCUAUGAUGUUCCUGCUUCUUUAAAUUGUAUGCCAAUUUGUUCCUAUAUGCAGAGUUUGUACCUAAGUUCUUUCACCUUUUUCAGUUGUUAGUCUCAUGA